GCAUCAUAUAUUCAGAGCACCUGGUGAUCGACAUUGUAUUCAGACCUUAACAAAGCUCCCACAAAGACAACUUUCAACUUGUACAUCUGUAACGAGUGAUCUCUACACAAUGGGGAGAGGAAGAAUGCUGCCCUGCAGAGCUUACACUCAAAGAUGCAGCAAUAUGAAGGUGCUAAAUAGUCAAUGAAGGAAACUACUGAAGAAGGAAUCCCAGGCAUAUAUAUAACUAUACAGAGGACCACAGAUACAAUACGGACAAUGUAAGAGAUAAAUUCUGAACUGCUUACAGUGGUGUACGUGAAUCCACAGGUAGAAUACACGUAUCACAGAUAUGUUGUGUGUACGUGCCAAUACACUAGUAGUGCAGGAGUUUAGUUAUAAGGACCAGAACAAGGAACAUCUAGGCUGUAGAGCUAGCACUCUAACAUACAGAGCUUAUACUGUGCAGAGAAGGGAUAUAGCAUGUGAACUGACUUGUAAACUGUAACCCAAUGUGCUUACACUCUAAUACAUAGAAGAAGAAGAUUUAUAGUUGUAGCAAGCGGUACUAUAUAGAAUAAGUAUUCAUUGUGAAUGUUUGUGUUAGACUUGAUAAAGGAUGUUAUUGGCAUUGAAACAUGUCUGCUGGUCAAAUAGAAAAAGUAUAAUAAGAUAAUGCAAUAUAUUAUCUUACAAGAAACUAUUUGUGUGCAGAGAAGGGUGGAGAUAUAAGAAUAGAAUUCUGAUGAUGAUAAUAACAUUUUUAUAUAUAAUACUUUUAUGAUCAAGGAGACAGAAAACACUUUAUCAGAUUUUACCUGAAUUUAACUUUCAGUCACAAAGAGACCCAGAUAGAGUGUGAUUUGGAGUUUUUACACUAUUUGCGAAUUCUGGGAGGCGGACAUUUUAGGGCAAACAUCACAGACAGGAAAAAGUAAUUUUUUGUUAUUUUUUAACACAGAUAUUUUGUUCUGAUAUUUGUGAUUUUCUCAUUGCUUCUCCACAAAUCCUGACUUAGUUAAAACCCCAGCCUUUGAAUGAGGAGACAUAUAAAAUAAUAUACAGGGGAGGGACAGACAGGUAAUUUCGUGCCUUUCAAAGAGUGAUUCAGGCAGCCUAUGUUAAUUGUUUUUUUGUGAUGUAAACAAGCUGAAGUUGUCUUGGAUGAGUGUUUUGUGCCCUAUAGGUGUGAGUUAAAUAGCAAUUAACAAUGGCUGUAUAGCUACUGAACAUCUAUUCAGAGAGGAGCAUUUACUGAAUAAAAAAAAAAAUCUUUGAUGGUAUUUUCUAAAAAAAUGUCUGUCAUUCAUUCGAGGUUAUUCGAUAAACUGAGAAUUGUGGGAAUGUGACAAGGUAAUGGCCAACUGUAGGUCAAAGGAGAUGUAUCAGAGGAGUGCCCAUACAUUUACACUGCUGAUCUGAUCUAAAAUUUACGGUACCCUUUUACCAGUUCUCUAGAAAUGUGGUUUUGUUACUAUAGUGUAUAUCAUUGUUCACAAAUACACACAGAAAUGAAUAAAAGAACGGUAAUUCUUCACAAUUUUGGGCUAUUGCAAGUGCAGGAUUAAAAUGUGCGGAAACAAUUCUGGGCAAAACUCCAAUUUUUAUUUAGUAAUCAGUUUUGAAAGGAUUAACCCUUUGCGAAAGUAACACAUUGCAAAAGACACCAUUUUUGUAAGACACCAUCCUUGCCCAUUUCACUUUUUCUGCCCGAUGUGGGCAGCUGCUGUGAUAUAAGAUAGGAGUGGUGGAUGGAAUCCAAGCUAUGCUUCCAUUGGCUGAUCAGGAUUCUAAAUUUAAUUCUGCAAUUCAUAUACAUACUAGUUGGUUUGUUUUUUUUAAGACAGGUGGCAUCAGGACAGUGAUAACUAACCUUGGCACUGCAGAUGUUUGGGAGAUGUAUUUCCCAAGACGCUCAGUCAGUCCAAAGUUCCAAGGUUGCUGGCUAUCUUCUAAUUAAAUAAAAAAUAGACAGUUGUACUCCCCCAACCUCCUCCAAGAAAACACCGACCAAAACAAAAUGAUAUCAUCCAGAACUGAGUGUGGAGCAUGUUCAUUGCAAGAUUAAGUAGCACCAUAUUCUCAUGACCUAUAAAAUGACAUCGUAAUCCAGUUCAGACAUGGCAAAGCCAGGGCAAGUAAUGCAAAUGAGGAGGAGAACUAGAAACAUUGUUUCAUUUUGCCUCUUCUCAAAAUGCUAUCUCUAUGCUGACUGCCUGGUGCAAAGGACAGAACUUAAAGGAACACUAUAGUCACCUAAAUUACUUUAGCUAAAUAAAGCCAUUUUAGUGUAUAGAUCAUUCCCCUGCAAUUUCACUACUCAAUUCACUGUCAUUUAGGAGUUAAAUCACUUUGUUUCUGUUUAUGCAGCCCUAGCCACACCUCACCUGGCUAUGAUUGACAGAGCCUGCAUGAAAACACAACUAUGCUAUCCAUGAAAAUGUGUGACAUGUCAUGACUCCCUUUUAUUCCAGAAGUUUGGUCCUUAAGGGUUUAAGGAGUUCCAGUAUAUUUGAUACUUGCGCGUGUAUAAAAGUCAGGGCCAGAUUUACACAGGAGCUAUUGGAACGUCCGCGUUGAAAUAGGCCCAAAGCAGCCACAGUAUAAAUGUUCAGUUUUUCCCAUUUAUUCCAAGCUCCACUUGUGAUUUAUUAGAAUUGUCUUUUUUAUUUAAUUGUUCCCCAGUGACUACAUGGUACUCAGACUGUAUUGUGUGUAGUGCCUGUAUUUCCUGUUGUGUGCGUCAGGUGUUUAACAGAAGAGAGAAUUCAGUGUUGAUGUGUAUCAGCGUUACGCCUGCUACAAGCCAUUUAUAUAAGCUAUAACAGCUACCGUGACCAUUAAAAUGUGUAUAAAAUUUCUUUUCUUAGGCAUAUCAAACUUACAGCACUAAAUCAAGCAGUAAACAGCGCUUUACCACAAUGAAACUUGCGAUAAUGUAUUUAAGCUACAAUAAAUGUGUUUAGAAAUGAGUCUGUCUAAACAAGAUACUUUGAUCUUUUUCUAAGUUUAAUAUAAUUUAUUUACCCCACCUCCAGACACAGCCAAACUGUUUUCUUAACUAAACACCAAACUAUAGAGAAUUAAAAAUGGAAUUGUAAAAACAAGACUACAAUUGUAAAAAUAUAAUUGUAGCUGAUUAACUAUUUUAGUUUCAGAUUUUCAAUUUCGAUUUCUGAAGAAGGGGUAGAUUGUGUACCACCUUAGUGUACAUCCUUGAGGCUGUAAUUAUAUUAAUACCAAGUUCACCCAACAGCAGUAGACAUUACACCUCAAUCCAGGUUUGAGUUCUGUUAAAUAUACCCUAUGGGGAUAGCUACACUAAGGUGAGGUUCAGUAUGAAUUUGGAGAAUUUGCAACAUUUAUACAGCAAAUAUGCUACAAUCUCACUUUCUACAUCACAAUUCUGCUCAGCCACGCCAUAGUCAUGGAGGGGUGUUGAUCGGGAGCCCUAAACUUAACUCUCAUACCCAAUUUUGGCUCUACUCUCCCUAAAUCCCUAACGCUACUUCUCCUAACCCUACAUUACCUAAUUUUCCUAACCCUAAAAACCCAAAUUAUUCUAAGCGUAAUUAUCCUAACUCUUAAUCCCCUAAAAGAUUGUGAAGACACAUUACAAAGAAGAGUGUAUUAUGAAAAAUGAUUGUCAUUAUUUUCUCAUCACGCAUGUUACAUGUGCCAGGGAUUGUCUGUUCUCUUACAUUCCACACACACUCUCACUAGGGCUCCCUUCCUAGUACAGCACUAUGACAUACAUGGCCAGGGCUGCCUGAGAGUGAUAGGAGUUAUGUUCCCAUGCUACCGCUGCGGUUCAGGUCUGCCAUCAUAAAUUCUGUGUGAUAUGAAGCGCGAGGGGGCCGGGGGUAGAGAGACGUUGCAUUUUAUAUGUUUUAUAUGCUCCGCCCAUUAAAAAAAGCGUAAUUCUUUGGGGUAAAUCUAGUAAUCAAUAAAUUGUUACAAACUGACACUGCGUUUGCGCAAAAAAGUAUGGAAACUGGAGACAUUGUUCAGUUCAGCUAACGUGGCCUACAUUUUCUUUGUUAAUUAAGCAGAAUUCACACUGUUAGGUGUAUAGAUCCGCUAAGCUCUCUGUAAAUAAUUUCUGAACCAGGCGUCUUAUAUCAUUAGACUGUGUCUGGACACAUGGUUUUAUUUUAAUACUUGCGGAAGGAACAAGUGGAGGGAUAUAAUGGAAAGACCAGGAGGGGGGAUGGGGGUCUGACAGGGUGAGUAGGGGGUUAUGCUGGUGACACAGAUUGGGAAUGACUGAAUAUGAACAGAUGAAUAAUGAGGGAAGAUGAGAUUUAAAGGUAAGAAUGUCUCAAAGAGGGUGAAAGAGUGUAUUAAUGUGAUUAGGGAAAUACUGAUAGUGAGAGAGGAGGUAGGGGAUGGAUUGGAUGAUUAGAUAUGAAGCAGAGUUAGAACACAGAAUGGGAGGAGGUUGACAGGGGAGUCAGGACAAGGUGAAACAGAGGUGACCUAUCCAAUCGGAUUCAAUAUGAAGCUGCCACCAAGGGCCUUUGGUUUAGCCUGGAGCCCAGUGUUUAGACGGGGGCCAAGCAUUUAAAUAGAAGCCCAGCGUUUAGACAAGGGUCCAGAGAUUAGACAGGGGCCCAAAGUUUAGACAGGGGCCCAGGAUUUAGACAGAGGCGCAGGAUUUAGGCAGGGGCCCAGAAUUUAGACAGGGGCCCAGCAUUUAGACAGGGGCCCAGGAUUUAGACAGGGCCCAGGAUUUAGACAGGGGCCCAGCGUUUAGAUGGGGGCCCUGCAUUUAGAAUGUAUCCCGGCAUUUAGACAGGGGCCCAGGGUUUAGAGAGGGGCCCAGGCACCAUGAAUAUCCCCUUAAGGACCAAACUUCUGGAAUAAAAGGGAGUCAUGACAUGUCACACAUGUCAUGUGUCCUUAAGGGGAUAUACUUGGCCCACAUUCAUUGUCUUAUGCUAGGAAUAAAGGGGGCCCCAAACUGGUAAUAUGCCUAGGGCCCUAUGGAAUUGUUAGCCUUGUCUGCGAGGAGAGUGUGAGAGAGACAAGGAAAUAGAAAGGAGAGCGUGAGAGAGAAACAGAGAGUGAAGUGUGAGAGAGACAUGGAGAUAGAAAGAAGAGCAUUCGAGAGACAGAUAUAGACAGGAGAAUGUGAGAUAUAAAAGAGAGCAAGAGAGAGACAGGUAGAUAGAAAUAGGAGUGUGAGAGAGACAGGAAGAUAGAAAUGAGAGCGUGAGAAAGACACAGAGAGCAGAGUGUGAGAGAGACACAUAGACAGAGAAGGGGGUGUGAGAGAGACACACAGAGAGCAGAGUGUGAGAGCAACACACAGACAGUGAAGAGAGUGUGAGAGAAUUACAGAGACAGAUAGGAGAGUGUGAGAAAGACACAAAAUAUUGAGAGACACUGAGACAGAGAGGAGUGAGUGGAUUGAGACCAUAAGAGAGAGAGUUACAGAAGGAUAUUGAGAGAGGAAAGUGUGAAAUAAACACUGAGAGAGUUAGGGAGACACUACGAUAGAGAAUGAUAGAGACCCUCAGAUACAGAACAGAGAGAGACACUAAGAUAGAAAGGAAAGUGUGAGACACAGAGACACUCAGAUACAGAACAGAGAGAGACACUACGAUAGAGAGUGAGGCAGAGGAGAGGGUGAGAGGGGCGAGCCUCUUAAUAGGUAAAAGCAGAAACACGAGUAAGAAAAGAUGAGAUUUAUGGAGAAGAGAUAAGGAAUGUGAGAGAUCGGAAACAGCAUAGAAAGGAAAUAGCUUGUGUCAGACUUGGGUAAGGAGAUUGAAAGAGGGAGAGUGAGAGGUGAGAAAGAGAGAGAAGCAUAAAAAUGUGGAAAAGAAAAUACCAGAGAGCAGAGACAGCCAACCACAAAGACUUGAUACAGAGUACAGAGAAGUUGAGAGAAUAUGAAUGGGGUCACAGAGAAAUGAAUGUGUAGUAUAGACAGACACAGAGGUAAGAGUGUUAGUGUGUACUUUAGACAGUCAUAGAGGUUAGAGAGUGAAUAUGCAUGUUAGACAGUCAAACUGAGCAGUUCUAACAGUAACAUUCCACUGGUUUCCAUGGUGACUGCUCCAUUUUAGAACGUUUCUGCAGCAUGAUUCUGUGCACAGAGAGGCAGAUCAGAGAGUGUGUGAGUCCUGGCAGAAAGCAUUGAUAUGUAAGUGUGGGCUGGGCAGAGCAGGCUGGAAGGAGGUCCUUGUAUUCAGUGCUCACUGUAACAGACUGUGAAUGUGAACUCUAACUAUUCCCAUCUGGACUUAUCUCUCCACUUACAUCUCAAGGUAAGUCCACUAACCCCAGCCCACAUUGUUCUUCCCUGGCACAUCAGCAGCAACAAAGUCUUUAUUUUUUUUUAAGUUUUUGUAACAUCUACCUUACUUCCUUUUUUUUUUUUUUUUGCUGACAACAAAGAUUGCAAGUUACAACAAAUUUCUUAAUUUUUUUUUCUAACCUGAUAUUUGUUGUGAAAUUUCCGGCCAUGAAUUUUGGAUUAUUUUUUUGUACAUGUUUUAACAUCUGUGAUUGGGAAGUUUGUCCACUGGGGAUGAGCUGCGUGUGAGGUUAGUAGAUGGACAGACAGACAGACAAACAAUGUGUCAGGAGCACAGAAUCCCCUGUACUUGUAGAUCAGUACAGGAUAGUGUAUGGUCCCUCUGUAUUGUGUCUUUGUGCUCUCCCUGUUGUAAUGAAUCCGUCCCUCUUUUAUAUAUACUGGAAUUUGAGUUAUGCACAUAUUUGUUCUCAGUGCAUCAUGCCCUUCAGUCUGUUAGAUUGCAAGCUCUGCUGCACAAUAACUCUUUUCCCCUGUACUGUAUACCGUAUAUCCUGUAUUUUCGAUUGGAAGCUCUGCGGCACAAGAUCCUUUCCCCUCACUGUAUUGUAUUAGUUAUAUCCUGAAUUUUAGAAUGCAAGCUCUGCAGCACAAAAUCCUUUCCCUGCAGUGUAUCAGUAAUGCACGCGUUUUAGAAUGUAAGCUCUGCGGAUCAGGAUUUAUUUCUCCCUUACUUCCUUCUCUCUGUAAAUUUGUAUAUGUUUCUCAGAUAUUUGAAUAUAUCUGCUGGCAAGAUUCGCUUACUCUGAAGUACUUUGCCCUUCUGUAUACUGUUUGCAUUGCACCCAUCUUAAUAUUGGUUCUCCCCAUCCCUGUGUAUUUGGAUCUAUGUACAUACGAUUAUGAACGUUUAAUUGUACUUACUAACCCCCCAGCCUGCAUUUUGAUCCAUGCUGCCCCAGGCUACCUUUUUCCCUGCCUUGCAUUUGUUGUGACCUUUACAUAUUACUGUUUCUACCCUAGGACUGCAGAUGGGUCUGAACUACAUGUUCCAUUGAUGCUCAGCAAGCAUAAGUUAAUUUCAAAGUUACUGUCAUCACUGUAUUAGAUUGUAAGCUCUGUGGCUAACAGAGCUUGUUAUUUUCAUAUUGUUUUUUCUAAUUUAUAUUCUCACACCUUACACCUUUCAUGUUUGGUUUAUAGACACACAGUAACCUUCCACCUGUGCUAUAUAGUUGUGUUGAGUAUCACUGUACCCACUUGUGCUAUAUAGCUGUGUUGAGUAUCACUUUAUCGGCAGACUGAAUAUGUGAUCUGGAUUGCAUUAGAGCUGAAUAAUGUAUCUGCAAAUUCUUCACAGAAUGUUUUGCUACCAAAGGCUGAAAUACUUCAGUUCAACCUCCUUUUUUCAUUAUUAGAAUAUUUCUAAUUUCUCUGGUUCUCCAAUGAGUAAAUGAAGCAUUAUGAGGUGCAAUAAGGUCCCUCGUUAAUUUAAGUUUUCUGUUUGUGUUGACCUGUUUGUCAUAAAUCGGAGGUUAGCUUUAUAUUCUUAUUGGACAACGCUGCAGAUCAUGUUGGCGCAAUAAUAAUAAGUAUACAAAUAAUGAUAUUAAUCCUCUAUUUUUGUCAUGUAAAAAAAGCUUUAGAACUAACAAAAUUUGCAGAAGAGUCUUAUUUAAAUAUUCAAGCUUUGCGACAGUUUUAUUUCACUUUGCAAGGUAAUUUUUUUGUUUGCUCUUUAUAUAAUGUUACGUAAGCGUUAUACAAUUUUUAUUCAAUAGUUCCCAAAACAUACUUAUUUGUCAUAGUGGUGUUUUACAACCUUGUGUUUCAAAAACUUUUAAGUGGAUCGUGACUUUAUGCACUAAGCAGUAAGUUGUGUCAUAUUAGUUUGUGACUUAAAAAUAUUUUAAGCCAUACUGAUUGCCAAGUUGGGAAAAAAGUGUAAAUUAGUGGAGUUCAAGAUUUAUUAUUUAAGUUGCAAAAAAACAUAUCAAACACACCGGUAUAUACUAUUUAGUGAAUAAACCCCUAUGGGAAGAUUUGGUAAUGGUCACGGUCAAAUAUGAGGUCAUAGGCCAUCUGCUGUGCAAAAUCUGUCAGCAGCUGUACCUCACAAUUGCCCCCUGGCAGAAAGGGUUAUUACAUCUGCCACUCAAAAUUAGUCAAGUUGAUUAUUUGUUUUUUUUUUCAGCGUAAAGAUAUUGACGUAGAAUUUGACGGUGGUAUAUGAACUGCCUACAAUGCGCUAUUUAGUAAAUAAACCCCUAGGAGGAAUUCGGUAGUGGUGGUCAGAUGUAAGGUCAUAGGUCAUCUGACAGGCAGAGCUUGACAACAGCUGUAUCUCAAAAUUGCCCUCGGGCAGACAUGCUUGGCACAUAUGCCAUUUAUUUUACUAUAGUCAAAUAUUCUCUGUGUGCUUUCUGGCGAAAUGUAUCUAUAAACGCAUAUAUGACAGAAAUCAGGGUAUAUCCUGGCCCGCAGUCUGUAGAAAAACGUUAUCUGUGCUAAAUUUUUCCCCAUGACCAUGUUCGAUUUGAAUGGGUGAAACCAGCACGGAGCUCAUUUAUUCGGAUGCCGGAUUGAUGAAUGUGCACUAGAUGAUGAUCACCUGCACAGUCUUUGCUUAAAAAAGCAUUGUUUCUUACGCAAGAAGCCCUAAAGAUGGGUGCCCCCAUGGAGCCACCAUCAGCCGAGAUAUGUACUGAAAGGAGGUAUGUCCUUAUAGGCAUACAUUACAAAUGUAUCCAUAAAAUACUUGUAAUCUUUUAUUUUAAAUAUUAGUGCCAUUGUGGCAGCUGUUCUUUAAGGGUAUAUCCGAGGCAACACAGGUGAAAAUGUACCUCCUAUACUUACCAUCUUUCUCCGAAAAUAAGACCAGGUCUUAUAUUAUUUAUUUAUAAAAUAUUUGACCAGGAUGGCUACAUUGAGAUUUCUCUCGCUUUCAAGUAUGUCCUGGGUCUUUGUCCACAAAACAUUGCAUUGUUACAAUAGGGUACAAUAUUACAAAAAUACAAUAUACAAACUAUAUAUUUUUAUAUAUAUACACACACACACAUAUAUAUAUAUAUACAUAUAUACACAUAUAUAAAUUUAUUACAUAACAGGUAAUAAAUAUAUUCAACCAUGACAGGUGCCUUCUGUGCUGAAGUAUAUUGCCAUAGAUUUCUUAAAAGAUUUUAGAUUGAAUGAAGAUUUGACUGUUUUCCUGAGGUUAUUUAAAAAUUUAAGGUGCUCAGUAGGAAAAUGAGGAUCAAGCCACUUUAUUUCUGUAUUGCGGUAUGCUAAGUAUCGUGCUAGUACUGAAUCGGAGGUUAUAGGAGGUGGGAACAGCCAGGGAGAGCAUUCUACUCAGGUAGGGUGGGUGCUUCCCAGAAAUGCUCUUAUGCACAAGCAUAUGCUCUUAUGCCCCCGAAAAAUGCACUAGCGCUUAUUUUCGGUGGAGGUUUUAUUUCGGGCAAAAACAAAUGCUUUUUAGUUAUUUCGUCAAUCCAAGCAUAUUGUUACUAAAUAUAUGUAGACUGACUUCACUGCAUUUCACCCCAAUAGCUAUUGGCAUCUCAAGCUAAAGCUUCAGUGAAUAAACCUCAAAAGGAUUUUGUCCAUGAAGAAUAAGCCCACAUGGUAUCAUGUCAUAUACAAAUUGUAACCACAGGGAUUAUGUACAAAGUAAACCCACAGUGGAUGCUGCCUGUAUGCCUGAGGCUCUCCACCUAACUUUUCGAAUACUCCUUCACUUGGGCCAAAAGUUUUUUCCCAACUUACCCCACUUUUUCUGGACCUCUGUAUCACAUGAAGGCUAACUAGACUUGCGCACAGCGGAUGAAUUUGGUUUGUCCGAAUCAUAAAUCGUAAAUGUGUUAGUAUGGCUUGUACGAAUAUAGUUCAGUGCAAAUAUAUUUGGGAAACCGUCAGCAAUGCGGAUGAACCAAAAAGGCAAGAAAAUUGGCCAAUCAGUGUACUGCAAAGUAUAAAUAUAUUUGCAUCAGUAAUUUAUCAAAUGCAUCGGUAGGAUAAUUAGUAUGCCGAAUAGGAAACUGUGCCCUCGGUUAUCAUCUUCAUAAUUCUAAUACACACUUUUGUUUGCUAAAAUUUGAACUGGAGUGCAUUGAGAAUUAGAUUGCAAAACUUGGUCAGAAGUGAAUGAUUUGGAAAAAUUUCCAACUCAGCUGUAGUCAAAUCUCGGCUUUUUUUUUGCCAUAAUUUUGCAAUUCCUUUUCCAAUUAACUACAAUUCGAAGUUUAGUGAAUGAACCCCUUUGCGAUUCCCUGCAUUAACCUUAAAGGUGCCACAUGAGAAUUCCACGUCUGUGUGCACACACAAUGCAAGAUGAAUUAUUUGCUAAAAAAUUUUCAAAGAACUAGAUCAUCCAGCAUUGCAAUCGUUUCUCAGAAGACCCUUGCAUGCAAUAUAUUAUAAGUACAGGGGAGUAUUAUACACGUUGACAAUGCUAGUUCUGCAGUAUGCCGUUUUAAAAAAUUAUAGCAAUUGUUCGGUAUUAUUCUUGUGAAACAGCAUGAUGAAAGGCUAUAUUAACCACUCUUAUGUGCAGUGCUUUCAUUUUGCAAAACCAACUGUUUAAAGUGAAUUAUGUACAUAGCAGUAAUCAUGGGGAUUAUCUUGUAUUUUACAGUCCAGAUCUGUAUAUAGUCCAAUACAUUGAAUUUAGGAACACUGUAUCCCUUAGGUACUCUUCAAAUGCUGAAGCUCUGAGGGGUAGUAACUUUUUUGUUCUAUAGUUAUUAAGCUUAUUGUACAUUCUAUGAUCUAGUUUGGAUAUACUUAAUUUUCCCAGAGUGUAAUGUCUAGGUGGAAUUUCCUUUGGACUAUGGAAAAUCUCCUUUUUACAGUUCUAUAUAAGGUUAGUUGCCAGUAGUAACAAUUAUAGAACAUCUUGUCUCCUUUAAAUCUCCGUAUAAUACUUACAGUAUCUAUAUUUUCUUUUUAUAUAUGUUUUUUCUUUUUAUACUUUUAUAAUCAUUUCAAAUUAUGAAGUAUCACAGAGUCUUGCAAUAUUGCUUUUAUUGGACUAACAGUAUUUUGCAAUGACAAUAUUGCUUGGUUUCGCAAUGGUUUUUGGGAAACCCUCCUUUAUAAGCAAUUCUCACCAAAAUCAAAUACGGAACUCAAACAUUGUAUAUCACAGCUAGAACAUUUAAUCAAGAAAACAUACAUACUAGUCAGGAGGGUGAUGUAUUCAGAUCCAGAGAGGGGAUGAGACUGUGGAAAAGUCCUCCUACCCAUUUGUUUACCAUGAAUGGCUAUUGUGGCCUCAACUUUCCAAUUCUCUUGUAAAUUCACCACAAUAAUAGUGAAUGUGUGGCAUUGUGUUACAUUAACAUUUGCAUAUAAAGGCUUGUGUGUGUGUGUAAAUGAACAUUUGUGUAUAUCAUAUUGUGUUUUCAUGGUCUGCUGAAUUAACGAAGGAAUUACUGCUGAGUUCCAAAUCAAGUCAUUAUUUUCCCCCAUGAUUUUAGUUUCUAAAUAUGCCAACAUUCUGCGUUUAGUGACUUGCUCUUUGUAGGAUAAACUAAAUUGUUGGGAAUUCAAAGUGAAUUUUAAAAUUAAAGAACCACUAAUUGCACCCAGGACAUAUAAUCUCAAUGAAGUUGUCUUGGUGUGCUAAGUAGUUUUACUCUAGCGAUAUAAAACAUGGUAAUUGUAUAGAAACAGCAAUGUUUACAUUGCAGCGUUAAACACACUACUGCUGGCUGUCUUCUUGACAGACGCUAGAUGCUCUUUCUUUGCAACUACUAAUUGAAACCGGAGAAAAGCAUUAGUAUACAUGCGCAGUGCGUACCAUGCAUGCGCUUUAGUCCUCCAUGGUCCUCUUAAAGGAGCAUGGAAUUGUCCGUCAGCAAGAGAGCUGUUGCAGGAGUAGGAAUGAACGGCAGCGCUAAGGGAAUCUUGUCACAGGAGAAAAGCAUUUUUUUCAAGGUUUUAAGUCCAAACGGGAGGGGGGACCUAAAAUUUAACAGGCACUAAGACACCGUAGCAUGAGAAAUGCAGGUUUGUAUUCCUAUUGCUAUGCAUUCCUUUAAGGCAAAAACAAUCAAACUGGGAAAAAUCCUCCAAGAAAGCUAUUCUUACAGUUUAGCUACUUUGGCCUUAAAUGUGAAAUCCACUUUGAAUUCCUGACAUUUAUCACAUUUUAGAAUGACCCCGAGACUUGGGCGACACAUACCCUUAUGAAUUAAGGCUAAAUUGCUGAGCUGUGAUUUCUAGAUUAAAACGUUAUGUUGAGGAGUAAUCCUUUCAGAUUAAAGAUGAGGGUUGGUGUUUUGUUGUGUCUUAAUAAUUGUGUAAAUGUUCCUUGAGAUUGCAUGUAAAGCUAUUGAGAUUUGUAAUGUUCACGUUCAAACACUAAAAGGGGAACUAAGAAUAAUUAUUGGUAGAAGAUUUGUGUGCUGCAACCAAUGUUAAAGGGACACCCGAACAAACAAUAAAUAAAUAAAUAAAAAUCAUUGCUUAGUGUAUAUAUAUCCCAAAUGAAAACAUUCAUGCAUUUAAUUAUGCAUUUUUUUCAUUAGGGGUAAAAACAACUUUGCAAGUCCUCCCCUUCUAACCCUCAGACUUUCUCUGGCGGUCCAAUCACAGACUUUCAAAUGCAGCUCAUUGAGUAGUCUUUGCAAGGCAGCUGCUCUGGACGAUUGCUGCCUCUUGAGUUUAGCUCCACCUAGCUAAACAAACCAGGAAGUACAGGACAAAGUUGUGUGAUUGACAGCCAGAGGGGUGUAACAAGGUCAUUUUAUAAAAGUGCCAAUUUCUUUUUGUAAACUCUCUUCUAUAAUGAAGAAACGAGUAGGGGAAAAAUAACAUUUAAACACUUGUCUUGAACCUCUUGUUCCCUCUGUGAGCAGAGUCGCAUGCCUUAAUGUAUUAGUUUUGACAUUUAAAAUGACAAGGAAUUGUACUCUUAUUGUUAAUGGGAUGUAAUUGUUGUGUUGGUAAUGAAUGAAUGCAACCCCUAGUGGGUAGUUUUGGGCACUACAUCUAGUUUUUAACAACCACCUACUAACUGCCGUACUAGCUGCCCAAUUAUAACACCCAACAGUGGAUGGAGCUAGAGAUAUGUUGAUAAAUAUACAUUCAUGGAUUUCUGUGACUGGAUGUUAAGCACAAGGGCGAGCAUAGUGUGCGAGAAUGUGUAUUGUGAAAUCAUCACACGCGAUCAGCAUCAGACACACACACAUAUAUACAAAAAAAAGCGUACACUUUUACAAUUACAUGUUGCUUUCGCCAGGACUAAAAAAAUUACAAAUACGUUGUAAAUAUGAUCAUUAAAGGUUCACCUGGAUUAUUUUCUACACCAUAAAACCUACAGCGGGCUGUAGUGGUUAUGAUGCUAGGCGUACCCCGAUUCCUGGCAAUUGGGCAAAGGGUUUUGCAAUGGUUUGCCCUCUUAUCUUGCUUCCCGCUGGACUAGGAGGGUCUAUAACGUGCAUCCGGCUUUUGCAGACGGCAGCGGUCAAUCACCUUGGGUGUUCAAUUGCUGAGAGUGACAGCUGACUUGUCUCAGCCAAUUAACACAACCCUGUGCAUAGGACUAUUCGCAGAGCUGAUACUGUCAGAGAGGCGUUAUUUAAUACUAUUUUCUACGCAGAUGUGAAUUUAAACUAUUGAAGAAAACCUUGAACAUCACCUCUAGCUUGUGUUAAUCUUUUUUGAUGAGACGGUCUGUUUUCUUUUAAAGUCAUAUUAAAAAAACUAAAAUUAUAUGACAUCAUUAUCCAGUUCAGACAAGGCAAAGCCUGGGAAAGCAUUUUAAAUAAAAAGGAGAAAUAGAAGCAUUGUUUAAUGUAUGCUUUCUCUAUGCUGAUUGGCAGGUGCAAAAGACAGAGCUUAUAACAAUGACAGACAGAAAUCCAAGAUGGAGGCGCCCAGUUGCAGGAUAAAGAGGCGUGGGAUUCAACAUAUCAUUUAAUUUUCAUACCUCACAAGUCCUGGGAAGUGACAGUACCUCUUUAUAAGUAGGUCGCAAGUCUCGGAAUCUUGAACAAACACAUUCGACUAAAUCCAUAAUUUAGCCAAUUUCACAUCAAGAUAUAGGCAGUUUCUAUUUUGUAGUAAUUAGUAAACUUGUUUUCGAUGAUAAGUCUAUUAUUAUAUUACAGCUAUCAUCACUUUAUUCUAUAGAUGUUCCGUACCGUCCCCUCUGCACCUCCCUCUACGUACCGUACUUGCCAGUUUUCAUGAGAUAAUGUCUAGCAAUACUUCCCCUGGGUGGUCCUGUUUCGAACUUGACAAUUUCUGUGCCCGGUACGAGUAAAGGGUGGAGUGAACAGGAAAUCUUGUUCUUGCAAUCUUGCAGUGCAGAUUUCAAAAUAUGCUUGUGAAUAGUUUUUUAAAGAAUAAACCUCACAGAAACCUACUAAUUACAGCAGCGUAAUCUCAUGUACUAACACGAUGGCUACAUGCAUUAGGAGUUUAAAAAUUAGGAACUAGAUGUAUUUGAGUCUGGGAAUGUUAAAAGACGCACCUUUUUUUUUUACCCAAUUUUGAGAGCUGGUUUGACCAGGGACAUAAUGCAUACUGUAGGCCUUUGCAUUGGCUAAACUAAGCACACCACACUGAUCUAUUCAGCCCUCUUACUGCAACCCUGUAUUAUGUAUUUGUAAAAAGCAUCACUAAGAAUUUGAGCCAUGAUGACAUUGUGCUAUUCACAAGCAGCAAUUGUUUCCUCUCUUCCUCCUUCAUACUCUGUUUUUCUUUUUUUUUUUUUUUAUUUAAGUCUAUUUCUAACUUAAAACGUAAGACAAAGUAAGGACACAUAGCCAUUUAUGUUAAAACAAAUAUUAUGUUGGAAAUAUGCCAAAGUAUUUUAUUUACACAGAAUUAGUUCUAAACUCGGUCUAUUAUAGUUUCCAGACUUUUUUUUUUUUAGAGCGUUUUAUUGCUGUUCGUGUUCUGUUACAAAUUCAGACAUGCCAAAACUACAGAAGUUUCCAGAAAAGAGGGACCUUAGGAUAGAGAGAAAGAGACAUAGGGAUUUGGGCCGAAGAGAGAGAGAGAGUGCAUCCAAAGUAGUGAAGCUUGUCUGUGCUAUGAUUCCCUGUGCUUGUAGUAGUGAGUAGAUGUAAAAUGUGUGCCUGCAGGGUCGAUGUACAAGUUCCCAAAUCUUCAAAAUGGCUGCUCCAUAAGUCUUUGCAGAUUUGUGUCUAAGUCCAUUAAUAACAGGAUAGAACAUAUCAGAGAUCUGAUUAUUUGUGGAAGAUGGACAUGCUUGAGCUGUUAGUUAAUGAUUUGUAUGGGCUGAACAGCACUAAUGAAUUAUCAGCAUUCCGUCAAAAGGAUUCUGUAAAUAUGAGGAGAUUUUAAGAGAUUGGCCGUACAGCUAGAACUAAUUAUCCAAUAGAAAAGGUACAAGCAAUUUUAGAGAUACAGAAUACUUAAAUGGACAUUCCGAGCACCAUACUGUAAUCUUUAUCAUGUGACCAAAAACAUAAAAAACAGUUCAGGCAAUCACUGAACAGAGCACGUUAGUGAAUGACAUUUGUAUACAAGGUAUUUACUAACGUGAGAAUUGUUGGGGAUUUACAGGUUUGUUUACUAAAGUGAGAAUUCAAGGUGAAAAUCAAAUUUUCAGCUCAAAAUAGCUGAACUGGAGAAAAUAUCUAAGUCAGCUAUGCUUCCAGUUUUGCUACGUUGGUUGUAAAUGUCAAAUUACAGACCAUUCUCAUUUUUGUGAAUAACCCUGAGAGUGUCCAGAGAACUGGGGCAUAGGGCAAUAUACAUAAUGUCACUCCCCCUGCCCCCACCCUAACAUUGGUGUCUCUAGUUGCAGGGGGGAACAGGGAGAGGAGACAGAUCAGGAGCAGAGCAAAACACAGCCCUGGCCAAUCAGCAUCUCCUCAUAGAUAUGUAUUGAAUCAGUUGUAUCCCUAUGAGGAAAGUUUAGUGUCUGCAUGCAGAGGGAGGAGACACUGAAUGGCAGCACUGCACAGUGUGCAGCACUGCCCCAGUAAGCACCUCUAGUAGCCAUAUCUGAGGAGUGGCCAGUUGAGGUAUCAUAAGGCUGCAAUGUAAACACUGCCUUUUCUCUGAAAGGGAGUGUUUACAUCAGAAAGCCUGAAGGUAAUGAUUCUACUCACCAGAACAAAUACAAUAAGCUGUAGUUGUCCUGGUGACUAUAGUGUCCCUUUAACCCCUUAAGGACCAAACUUCUGGAAUAAAAGGGAAUCAUGACAUGUCACACAUGUCAUGUGUCCUUAAGGGGUUAUAUCAUUUUAUAUCUUUAUAAAAUUAAAUGUCCCCACAUCUGUUAUUAUUUCUGAGGAAAGGCCAGAGAUAUGCAGCAAGAAAAAUCUGGUCAGUUGUGCACACAAGAUAAGUGGACAUACAUGUAUGUUCUCACACAAAAAAAGGGAAUUUACAUGCAUGUGCUCUAAGGAAAUAAUGUGUGUCCCUCCCCAGUGCAGUUAUUUGGUAAAGGAUAUAAUCAGCAGUUUAUACAUUAAUUUUUACAGAAAUUAACAAUAAAUGUCGAUAUCACAUCAAAACUUGAAGUAAAUAAAAUGUUUACUUCAUUCAUUUUACAGUGAUCUCAUUUUUGGGGGGUGAGGGAGUGUGGGGGAUGACAUGGUUUAAGAUAUAUUGUGGGAUUGUGUGCCAGUCUCACUACCCCCUCUGUUCUCUGUUUUCCUUUACCCUCUGUCUCCUUCACAGGAAAGGGAGUCUUUACACUGGGAUGUGAAAAGAUGGACCCUCUAUCUAAAUGGAAAGAGAUAAACUUUCCUGUUUGGGAAAAACAAAUAUAUUUCUGUCACGUUUCAGGAAGCUCUAAAUCUCCCAUGGCCUGUAUAAAUACCCUGAGGGAAAUAUGCUCAGCAUGUACACACUACACUGUUACAGAAUGAUACUGAGUAUCUAUACACUGAUAAUGAACACACUGCACUGUAUAAUAAUACUGAGUAUCUAUACAUUGAUAAUGAACACACUUCACUGUAUAAUAAUACUGAGUAUCUAUACACUGAUAAUGAACACACUGCGCUGUAUAAUAAUACUGACUAUCUAUAAUGAACACACUGCACUGUAUAAUAAUACUGAGUAUCUAUACACUGAUAAUGAACACACUGCGCUGUAUAAUAAUACUGAGUAUCUAUACACUGAUAAUGAACACGAUGCGCUGUAUAAUAAUACUGAGUAUCUAUACACUGAUAAUGAACACACUGCGCUGUAUAAUAAUACUGAGUAUCUAUAAUGAACACACUGCGCUGUAUAAUAAUACUGAGUAUCUAUACACUGAUAAUGAACACACUGCACUGUAUAAUAAUACUGAGUAUCUAUACACUGAUAAUGAACACACUGCACUGUAUAAUAAUACUGAGUAUCUAUACAUUGAUAAUGAACACACUUCACUGUAUAAUAAUACUGAGUAUCUAUACACUGAUAAUGAACACACUGCGCUGUAUAAUAAUACUGAGUAUCUAUACACUGAUAAUGAACACGAUGCGCUGUAUAAUAAUACUGAGUAUCUAUACACUGAUAAUGAACACACUGCACUGUAUAAUAAUACUGAGUAUCUAUACUCUGAUAAUGAACACACUGCACUGUAUAAUAAUACUGAGUAUCUAUACACUGAUAAUGAACACACUGCACUGUAUAAUGAUACUGAGUAUCUAUACACUGAUAAUGAACACACUGCACUGUAUAAUAAUACUGAGUAUCUAUACACUGAUAAUGAACACACUGCGCUGUAUAAUAAUACUGAGUAUCUAUAAGCUGAUAAUGAACACACUGCGCUGUAUAAUAAUACUGAGUAUCUAUACACUGAUAAUGAACACACUGCACUAUAUAAUAAUACUGAGUAUCUAUAAUGAACACACUGCGCUGUAUAAUAAUACUGAGUAUCUAUACACUGAUAAUGAACACACUGUAUAAUAAUACUGAGUAUCUAUACGCUGAUAAUGAACACACUGCACUGUAUAAUAAUACUGAGUAUCUAUACACUGAUAAUGAACACACUGCACUAUAUAAUAAUACUGAGUAUCUAUAAUGAACACACUGCGCUGUAUAAUAAUACUGAGUAUCUAUACACUGAUAAUGAACACACUGCACUGUAUAAUGAUACUGAGUAUCUAUACACUGAUAAUGAACACACUGCACUGUAUAAUAAUACUGAGUAUCUAUACACUGAUAAUGAACACACUGCGCUGUAUAAUAAUACUGAGUAUCUAUAAGCUGAUAAUGAACACACUGCGCUGUAUAAUAAUACUGAGUAUCUAUACACUGAUAAUGAACACACUGCACUAUAUAAUAAUACUGACUAUCUAUAAUGAACACACUGCGCUGUAUAAUAAUACUGAGUAUCUAUACACUGAUAAUGAACACACUGCGCUGUAUAAUAAUACUGAGUAUCUAUACACUGAUAAUGAACACACUGCGCUGUAUAAUAAUACUGAGUAUCUAUACACUGAUAAUGAACACACUGCGCUGUAUAAUAAUACUGAGUAUCUAUACACUGAUAAUGAACACACUGCGCUGUAUAAUAAUACUGAGUAUCUAUACACUGAUAAUGAACACACUGCGCUGUAUAAUAAUACUGAGUAUCUAUACACUGAUAAUGAACACACUGCGCUGUAUAAUAAUACUGAGUAUCUAUACAAUGAUAAUAAACACACUGUGCUGUAUAAUGAGUAUCUAUACACUGAUAAUGAACACACUGCGCUGUAUAAUAAUACUGAGUAUCUAUACACUGAUAAUGAACACACUGCGCUGUAUAAUAUACUGAGUAUCUAUACACUGAUAAUGAACACACUGCGCUGUAUAAUAAUACCGAGUAUCUAUACACUGAUAAUGAACACACUGCGCUGUAUAAUAAUACUGAGUAUCUAUACUCUGAUAAUGAACACAUGCGCUGUAUAAUGAUACUGAGUAUCUAUACACUGAUAAUGAACACACUGCGCUGUAUAAUAAUACUGAGUAUCUAUACACCGAUAAUGAACACACUGCGCUGUAUAAUACUGAGUAUCUAUACACUGAUAAUGAACAUGCUCUAUAAAGUUUUAGUUUAUUUUUUCUGUUUAAAGAGAGCUGGGAGUCUACUUGCUUUCUGUUAUUGAUGAAGAUCUGCUCUGUCAGCAGUAAGGAAGGUUUGCUGGUCUUGUGUAUGAAUACCCAUUAGUUACUUUUCAGAGGUCAAAAGGAAGACUGAAUUUCCUACUCUUGGAGAUCAUUGUUUAGACUAAGAAUGUGACAUUAAAGGGAAGGGAGGAUAAAUGGACAGGACUCCAUGGGUGACGUGUUUUAAGAAUCUAACCAUCUGCCUGCUGAAUAUAUAUAUAUAUAUAUAUUUUUUUUUUUUAAAUCAAUGUGUCCCUUUAAUUAGUACUACCAAUUCCUAUUACACACUAACCUUACUCUCACUUUCUCCAAAAUGUUUUGAGAAAUCUAAUUCUAUAAGUAAUUUAAGUCUUUGAAAUGUUUGAGACUAAACCCAGAUUUUUCAAAAAUUUUUUACACGUUAAGUAUUUUCUGUGUAUCAAUUAACACUGUAGUAGCUAUUGUUAUUCAUGUCAUUCCACAGGUAAAUGAUGAGAUUCUUACUGGUUAUAUUUUAACCCCAUAUGGGCUAUUGCAGUGCAGAUAUAUCAUAAAAUAUAGUCCAGCAGAACUGGUCAUCUACCCAUACAGAGCACUGACGCUCCCUCAGCUCUGUAACUCGCACUGUAAUUAAAGGGACACUGUAGUCACCUGAACAACUUUACCUUAAUGAAGCAGUUUUGGUGUAUAGAACAUGCCCCUGCAGUCUCACUGCUCAAUCCUCUGCCAUUUAGGAGUUAAAUCCCUUUGUUUAUUAACCCUAGUCACACCUCCCUGCAUGUGACUUGCACAGCCUUCCAUAAACACUUCCUGUAAAGAGAGCCAUAUUUAAGCUUUCUUUAUUGCAAGUUCUGUUUAAUUAAGAUUUUCUUAUCCCCUGCUAUAUUAAUAGCUUGCUAGACCCUGCCAGAGCCUGUGAUUAAAGUUCAAUUUAGAGAUUGAGAUACAAUUAUUUAAGGUAAAUUACAUCUGUUUGAAAGUGAAACCAUUUUUUUUUUUCAUGCAGGCUUUGUCAAUCAUAGCCAGGGGAGGUGUGGCUAGGGCUGCAUAAACAGAAACAAAGUGAUUUAACUCCUAAAUGACAGUGAAUUGAGCAGUGAAAUUGCAGGGGAAUGAUCUAUACACUAAAACUGCUUUAUUUAGCUAAAGUAAUUUAGGUGACUAUAGUGUUCAUUUAACUACAAACCAAUGAUCUAGUUACAUAGUUACUUGGGACAGGAGCAGUUAUGGUCAGAUCCCUACGGAGCGCUGCGCACAUAGGAAAACGCUCUGCAGGUACUGACAGUUAUGGUAAAUUUGCCUAUUUCUGCAGGCCAAGCCCCCUCCUCCCCCCUCACUCAGAGCAACCUGUGAAAUCAGCAGUAUAAUUCAUUAUAUUAUUUUUUUAACAUGUGGUUAUCGCAUUGGUGCUGAUACUAUGUCAUGCCCUCUCUUAACUGGAAUAAAACAUGCACAGCUCUAGAGGGUGAGAGUUUGUGGUGUGCGUAUUGCUUUAGAUAUUUUUCACAAGUGGGCUGCCACAGAGUAUGGGUGUACAGACUAACACACAUAUAUAUAUAUAUAUAUAUAUAUAUAUAUUUAUUUUUUUAUUUUUUUACUUGUUUUUAUUUUUUUAAUGCAAUUGCAUACAUUUUGUUUAUAAAUACAUUUAUGUAGUUGCUUUGAAUAAGUCCUGCGAGUGUUCUCUCACGAAAAAACGUGUAGCACAAAGAUCAGGGGAGGGCAAGGGAAUAAUAGCUUCCUGGACCACUAGUUCUGGGCCUUGUUUUUCUCCUUAUUAAAAGCAGUGAUGGGAUGUUUGUUGACAGAGCACGACAAGUAAGACAGCAGGCAGGAACUGUGCAGAACCCAUAUCUGGGUCGUACCAAGCUGACACACUAUGACUAUUUAAUGUACCCCGAGUGACAUAUGCUGGUCGUCAUUGAGGGCAGUUGAGUCACAGGAAACAGAGGCAUGCGCCUUUGUGAAUGCCCAGAUCUCUGUGAAUGCUUCCUUAUGCUGCACUAUCGGAUUCCAGCGAUAUUAUAAUUAUUAUUUAAAAAGCGCCAACAAAUUCUGCAGUGCUGUACAAUGGGAGGACCAACAGACAUGUAAUUGCAACAAAACAAGUUGGUUGGCAGUAGAGGGUGUUGAGGGCUCUGCUCAAAUAAGCUUACAUUCUAGAGGACAUACUUGAAAACGAAAGAAUCUCAAUGUAUCUUUCCUGGUAAAAUAUUUUAUAAAUAAAUAUAGGAAGUGGGGUAAAGUGACACAAAAGGUAAGGGUAGGAUGCAUUUCAUGUACGGGAUAAGUAGGUUACUAGAAUGGUUUACAGUGAAGGCUUAGUUUUUGAUUUAUGAUUGGUGGGUUACCAAGGUUAUGGAGAGAAAAAGGUAUUUAAUAGAUUAUUUUCUAAAGAAAUGAGUUGUCAAAGAGGAAGGAAUGGAGACUGGAUGAGAGUCUAAUGGAGCAGGUUAGAGAGUUCCAGAGGAACGGUGCAGCCCUCGAGAAGUUUUGAAGGUGGGUGACAGAGGUGCUUGUACGAACAGGGCAUAGAAGCAGGUCUACAGCUGAGUGUAGUAGCCUCAAUGGAACAUACUUGUGUAUUAGGGAGGACAGGUAGGUAGAAGCAAUAUUGUGUAGAGAUUUGCAAGCAAACACCAGAAUUUUAAAUUGGCCCCAUUUCUUACGAAAAGCUAGUAUAAGGACUGACUACUGCAGUAGUCAAGGUGAGAGAGGAUAGUGGCAUGGACCAGCAUCUUAGCCGCAUCCGUCAUUAAGUAGGGACAGAUGCCUGCUAUGUUUUUGAAAUGGAAGCGGCAGGAUUUGGUGAUCGAAAGGACAUUAGGGGUGAAGGAGAGGUUUGAGGAAGUGAGCCUGCACGGUACAGCUGAUGGUAGUGCCAUUAACUUGGAAGGAAACAGACACAGGAGUAGCAAUGCUUGGGGAGACAAGAAGUUUUGUUUUGCACAGGUUAAGUUUAAGGAUGUGAGCAGCAACAGAGUUAAGAAAUAGCAGAGAGGCAGUCAGCGACAUGAGUCAAGAGGGACAGCGAGAGUUCAAGAGAGGACAGAUAGAUUUGCAUGUCAUCCUAAUAGAAAUGAUAUUGGAAGCCAAAAGAGCUGGUAGGUUUACCAAGGGAGACAGUAUAAAUCGAGAACAGUAGGGGACCAAGGACAGAACUUUGGGGAACACCAACAGAGAGAGGUUGCAGAGAAGUGGAAGAGCCAGAGCAAGCAACACUGAAAGAGGUAAGAGGAGAACCAGAAGAGAUCACCCAGUCCAGAAUUUUAGGAGGAUGAGAAGUUGUUGAUGAUCAAAAGUGUCGAAAGCAGCAGAAAGGUCAAGAAGAAUUAGGAGAGUAGCGACUUAAAUAAUGGGACACUUUGGUAGGACCGUUUCGACAGAGUCACUAGCACGGAAUCCAGACUGAAGUGGGUCAAGCAGAGAGUUGGAUUCAAGGAAGUCGGUCAUUGUAGCUAUGAGAUGUUAAACCACGUGACUCCAGCAGGCGCCAUCUCUCUGACCCAUAUAUUACAUGCUCCGCGUUAGUAGAAUGUAGUCACACAGAGAUCGGAUACAUUUCACACGUGGGCUGACACAGGAAACAAUAUGUGUUUGUAAUUCAACACAUGAAUAUAUUUAUACUGUUUAUCAUGGGAAAAUAUUGUUAUCAAAAGGUUGUGGAGACAUAAAAAAAACCAAUAAAGACAUAAAAACUACUUGGCCAAAGAUCAAGUGAUUCAUGAAUUUCCCAGAACGACUAUGAUAAGUGGGCGGCUGGCUAGUCAGUAGAACUUUGGGCAGCUAGCAUACUGGGAAGGUGGGUUCGCAGAACUACUACUACUGAUUAGCAGAUUAAAGUGUGUUGGUGGUAAAAAAAAUAAGAAGCUAUAUUACAGAUACCCGUUGCUAGACCCAGUAAGGUCUUUAUUAUAUGACUUGAUUGUUACAAGCUGUUCUGUUAAGCAGCAGAUAUUCCCUCCAUGUUAUAAAGCAGUUUAUUGCGAGAAUAACAUGAUUGGACGUGUUCUAUAAUCCAGUAAUAGCAAACCAGUAAUAGUGUUGAAGUGUUGCCGCUGCUUAUUAUUUAUUUAUUUAUAAAAUAUUUUACCAGGAAAGAUACAUUGAGAUUUCUCUCGUUUUCAAGUAUGUCCUGGAAUUACUGCUGUUGUACACAUUUAUUCUUCCUCUUUUUAUCCCGAUUCCCUUACAUCCAGAAUUAAUCUGCUCCGUAUCCUCUGCUAAUUUUAUUUCAGUUUCUUAACCCUGGAUUCCAUGUCUGUUUUAUUUCAUAUUCAUAUCAAUUUAUCAUUUAUUUGUUUUGAUCAGUUUAAUGAUCUCUUUUUGCAUUUGAAUGAACGGAUAGCAGCACUCGCUGUGGGAAAUGCCUUGAUAUAUCUCACUUUACUUCCCUAUACAGCUAGGGCCUUGAUUUAAUAUUUUUGAAUGAGCUUUUCAAAUGAUUUAUUCGCAAAAAUUCCAAUAGACUUAAAAUUCAUUGGAAAAAACUAAUUAAAAAAAGCAGCAGCCAAGUUACUGUUUGGGCUGUGACUUCCUAAUGGCCUUUUUUUUAGGUAGGCUAUCUAUGAUGGAGAUUGCAGUAUUACUAAUCUCGGCUAUUUUUGUAAGGUGCAAGCGAAAAUUCCACGAGAUAUAUUCUAUUUUGCCUAUGUAUGGCAUACAUGCAAGAUGGUGGAUAUUUCAUGUGCCCACCAUUUUAAGGGGUGAACAAUACUUAUUUUAAAGUGUAUCCUCACAUGCAGAAAUGGUGCGGCCAAGAGGGUUGCUAAACGUUUUAUUUUUCUUUCUUUUUUGUCUACAACACUAAAGAGAUUUGAGAAUGUGAAAACAAAAUACAAAAUGUGUAUUAGGCCAAAAUGUAUUAAGUGCACAACACUGUAGGCACUAUUCCUAUUUCAUCUCAUUGAAUUGGUUGAAUGGGGUCCCAGGCUUUCCACAGCCGGCCCCCACUGGAGGUGUGGCUAAAGCAGUGAUUACAAACUUCCUUGUAUCUUUCCACAGAGAUUUAUACCUGCAAUGGGCACUGUGAUAGACUGAAUGCAGUCAGCUGACACCCCAUUACUGCUCAGGCUAUUGCUUCCGCAUUAUCCCAAACAGCACAGAGGGGAUGGAAUGCUAGUGGGGACUCUCGUAUAGCUUUAGUACUGUAAAAAAGGUUCAACACUAAAAGGAGAAUGGAGCCAGGGUACUCCAGACACUAUAGCCACUUCAAUGAUAUGAAACAGAUACAGUGUCUACAAUGUGCCUUUAAGGUGUGUUGGCACCCAGAGAAUUCCUUCAACUUUUGUAUGUAUGUCAACUUUAUCUUGUUCAUUUAUGUUUACUCCAAGCAAAGAAAUGUCUAAAAAUUGUUGUAAAAAAAGGAAGUCUUCAAAAUAAGAGGUAGCAGAGUCCUGCUCUGUUUUCUUUGGUACUGGUUCACCCGUUUUAUUGAUAUUUAUUUUAUUAUUAGAGGGUAAGCUUAUCGAUUUAGAUUUUUUAUCUACUUUUCUUGAAUAGUGGCAUUUUAGUCCAAAUUCUUUAGAACAUAGGAAUCAUUCUUGAAAUGUAGCAUGAGAUGUAAAACAUUCCCUUUCCAAGGGAAUAUGAUCAGAAAAUAUGUUUAAAAAAAAAAAAAAAAAGAGAAGAAAAUAAGAAAUACAAACCAAAUUGGAUCCCGUCCGAAACUAAUCAAAAAAGCUAUUCUUUGGAUGGUUUCCAGCGUAAGUUUCUGGACAUUCUUUCUAAACAUACAUACAUUUAAGUAGCAUAGGCUGAAGUUCAGGGCAAUUAAUCAAGCAUAGGAUGAAAGAUGGAGCAAUGAGACGGUCUACGCAGUGCCAACUACUGCUAUGAAACAGGCUCCUAAACUGCCAGCACAAACUGUAUCAUUUCUUAGCUGGAAACGGUGUGCAUAGUGCUGUGUUUCAGUUUAAGUCUGUUUACAGGGAAACUAUAGUGCCAGGAAAACAAAGUUUUCCCGUGGUGCAGAAGGAGUUAAAAACGUCAGCCGGUGGGGGGAGACCUAAUGCACAUGCACGGCGAUGUCCGCGCUCUCAUUUGGAGUUCCCCUAUAACAAAGAGUUAUACAAUUCUUGUAUAUGGUGUUCCAGGUGACGCUGGAGGUCCUCAUGCAUAGCUUAAGGACGGCCAGCGUCAGGCGACCAAAAGUUGCCUAACCACACAGAAGCCCCUCUUAUUGCUGUCUGGUAGACAGCCACUAGAUGUGGAGUUAAACCUCAAAGGUAAUUAUUGCAGUUUAUUAAUAGAUGCAAUAAUUACCACUGCAGGGUUAAGGGACCAGGGACACUGCACUCAGAUCACUUCAUUGAGCUGAAGUGGUCUGGGUGCCUAUAGUGUCCCUUUAACCGCUUAAGGAAACAUGACAUGUGACAUGUCAUGAUUCCCUUUUAUUCCAGAAGUUUGGUCCUUAAGGGGUAAAGCUUAUUACAGGACAGAUGCCAUGAUGUGAAAUAGCAUUGUGGCAUACGUUUAAAAAAUGUAUUUAAAAAAAAAAAAUGUUAUGCCAUUAAUGAGUCACUUUUUAACGCAGUCUGUUUCUCAUAGAAAUGUAGAAAGAAGGAAACAGCGCUAAAAUAGACCAAUCCUAUAAAUAGAUAAAGUAAGAGGCAGCAACCUAAAAAUAGGCUUCCCUCUAAACCCUAUGAACAAAGGUAAUAUAGAAGACAAAACAGAAGAAGGUUGCGCCAAAGCUGGCUAAAGUGCAGCUGAAAUGUUUCUCAUAGCAUUGCUUAGGAAAUGCUUUCUGCUUUCCCAUAGAUUGCUAUCAGUUUUUGAUUAGUGACAAUCACAUGUUUUUAGUCUAUGCUAAGCUGGGUUAAAUUGUGUUAACGAGCGUCAUUAGCGUGCAUUGCCCAAAUGAACAGUUUAAAAGUUACAUUCUCAAAUAUACCUAAUAAUCUGCAGGGAAAGAGGGAGAAUUUAAUCUGUUUAGUCUUCUACUAAGCCGAUAACUAUAAUAAGAAAAUUUACUUAAUUACUUUUUCUCGGAGCAGAGCGUUAAAAAGGAAAAUGUUCUCUUUUCCUAUAGAUUGCUAUUUAUUGAAUAGUGGUGCAUCAAGUGGUUUUAACCUGCAUCAAACUGUUUAAGUGGGUUGGUAGAUUAGGUCAACUGUUGACAGUUUUAAUGUUGUGUGUUUUUUUUUAUUUUUACCCGUCAGUGGCAUUACAAUUACAGUUAUUUAUAUACAACGUAAACAUAUUCAGCAGCGCUGUACAACAGGUAAAUAAGACAAACACUUAAUUCUAGCAUACUGGAAUUCUGGAACAGUACGUCAAGAGGACCAAACCCAAACGAGCUUACAAUCUAAAAGCAGUAAAUAGACUUACAGGGGUUGUCCAAUGACCCCUUUCAUCUAGAAGGACGUUACAUGCCUAAUUCCAUCCCUUUUAGGGAAAGAUAUUUAUCGAGUCAAAGACUUGGAUACUGAUCCAUUGUAAACACCAUAAAGGUUUAUCUAAACCAGCUCGAAACCCAUGACUCAUUCCAAUGGUAACAAUUUAUCAGAGCAUGCAUGGAGGUUGGAGGGCGAAGGUGCCCAUUUGAUAGAUGUUAUGUCUUGAUUUAGGGCUUUGUUAAUGAAACAUGAUACUCUCCCUACUAGAAAAGAGGAAUAUUUUCAGUGGGAGAUUAAUGAAAGUUUACGCAUGACUCAAACAUACAGAUUAAAAGUUAUAUACUUAGAUAUACUUAAUAAUCUACAGGGGGAAGAGAGAGAAUUUAAUCAGUUUAGUCUUCCACUAAGCCUAUAAUUACAACAAUUCCUUGUACAGCUAUUUUUCAUUUUCUGAAUGAAAAAUGUCUUCAUAAUGUAAAAGUUAAAUGAAAUUUUUUUUAUUUACUUAUUUAUUUAUACAAGAAAUAAAGUGAAAAAUUUGAAUGAUAUAUCUUUCAAGAAAAUAAAAUUGUAAAGUUGAAAAAUUCACAUUUUCUUUUACUUUAUCAUGCAGGUUUUACGUACCAGGGACACUGCACUCAGAUCAGAUUUUGCUGGUUGUCGUGGACAUAUGAAAAAACACUGCCACUUAGUGGCCACACUCUUGGAAUGCACCCCAAUCUAUGGUUUUGCUGUUAUUCCUUAAAGAGUUAGCAUUGCCUCUUUACUGGAUAUAAAGAACGUAUUUUCUGCAAUUAUAUUAUUCUAUUUCAAAAUGAUCCUCUGCUGCAGUUAAGUUACGGACUGGAGUUUUUGAAAUAAAAAACGAACUAUAGAGGAGAGACAUCAUGGAUUUUGUGACGCAUCAGCAUCGAUUGAGUCGAUUAUACAGAGAGUACCAAAACAAUGACAUUAUUUCCCUACAUUAUAAUUAUACAGGAAAACUCAGCACAAGCAGGUACAAAGGAGGAUUAAAAGCAGAGGCUGUGGUCUUUUUGGUGGUCUGCAUCUUAAUUGUUCUGGAGAACCUAAUUGUCCUCUUAGCGAUCUGGCGCAACAAAAAAUUUCACUCACCUAUGUUCUACCUCCUUGGAAAUCUCACCUUGUCAGACCUUUUGGCUGGAGUGGCUUAUAUGGUGAACAUUGUGAUGUCCGGUGCCAACACCUUGCGUCUUACUCCGGCCAUGUGGUUUGUCAGAGAAGGAGGAGUCUUUGUCACAUUGACUGCAUCAAUUUUCAGUCUCCUCGCCAUAGCCAUUGAACGGCACAUCACCAUGGUUCGUAUGAAACUUUAUAGUGGAGAUAAGAAGGGUCGAAUGGGCUUGCUCAUUGGAGCAAGUUGGCUGGUCUCCAUACUUUUGGGGGUGUUGCCCAUAGUGGGAUGGAACUGCAUCAAUAACCUCCCUUCAUGCUCUACCAUCCUACCUUUAUACUCCAAAGAAUAUAUCCUGUUUUGCAUCAGCAUAUUUAUAGCUAUCCUUAUAUCCAUUGUGGUCCUAUAUAUACGCAUAUACAGGAUAGUAAAGCACAACAGUCAACGACUUGGAACUCUUCGAAAGGGGGCAUUGAAGAAAUCCCAAAAGUAUAUGGCACUUCUUAAAACUGUAACCAUUGUUGUGGGCACAUUCAUUGCUUGCUGGCUUCCACUCUUCAUUCUGCUCCUCUUCGAUGUCUCAUGUGAGGUCAAUGCCUGCCCUAUUCUUCUGAAAGCUGACUAUUUCCUUGGCCUGGCAAUGAUAAAUUCUUUCCUGAACCCUAUCAUCUACACUUUGACCAGCAGAGACAUUAGGAGGGCCAUUCUCAAACUGGUCUGCUUUUUCUGUUUGGCUUCUGAGGAUGGCGAGACCAGGUGGAGAUUUGGUAUCUUUCCCAUCCUUGAAGGAAGCACUAGUCGGUCUGAGAAGUCAUCUCAUAAACAGGAAGGGCUGGAGACCACUGUAUCUUCAGGAAAUGGAACCCCACCCCAGUAAAGCCUCUUGUAUCCAAACCUGCGGAGUAUUAAUUCUAUUCCCUCUGGUGCCCUCAAUAACCUUUGUCAUGAAAAUAUCAUAAACAAUCCAUUGUUCUAUUUUGUUCCUAAAUUAGGACGAUAAACUGCAGUGAUACAUUGCUUGUUCUGCCAUUCUUUUGAUACAUUUUCCCGGCAGAAGAGGAUUUUACACUGUGCCAAAGUUACGGUGAAAGCACUUCCAAGCAUGGGACUUGGGUGUUUCAUCCAUAUUGAAAAUACAUUGGUUCUAAGAACAAAUUGGUUUUGCAGCAAAAAAUAAAACUAUUAUAAAAACUAAAUGUGAAAAAUUUAAUAUGGUAAAUAUGUAAACAGAGGCUAGCAAUAUUGUGGCUCUUGGCUUCUGAUAUAGUGCAAUACUCACAACCCCCUGUGAUGAUAUUGUACAGUUCAUGGGAGUUGUAGGUUAUCAACAGCUAGAACACUGGUCAACCAAUCAAUUAUAUAUUAAAAUAAAAUAUGCCUUAAAGGUGCUCCAGAGGUGUUUAAUUCUGUUUCUUCAUCAGCAAGCCACACCACGUCUAUGAUGACAUCAUUACUAGGUAACAUUAAUGAUUGACUAGGUUUUCAGUAGAAUAUGAUUACAGAUAAUCUAUUGUCUUAUUGCCAAAUGUUUUGCACGCAGAUGAAAGUACAGUACUUAGCGCUCAUGCGCCUCUUCAUAAACUCAGUGACUGGUAGGUAUCAACGUGGGACGGGGAGUAAAACGAGGGGUGUGUUGAUAAUGUAAUGCCAUUCUUGCAGUGUUAAUAUUUUAAUUAGGACCCAGAUUAAAUAUAACGGUCUUCAAAAGCCAGCAUAAGAUGGAAAAGGAAAUGAGUAGUUUAUGGUAAAGAAGUGUCAGUGUAGGUAAUGUCAGUGAUACACCAGCUGUAUAAACUGUAUAUAGAUGUUUAUAAAACUUAAAUUAAGAUGUUAUAGUAAAUGCAAACCGCAUUAACACAUCAGUGCUCAGCGAUAAGGCAACUCUCAUUAUACUUAGACAUGCCCAGCCUGUCACUUGUCCUUACCGGGGUCAGGGUAGUUACCUUCAAUCACACAUUUAAAGUUCCAUAUUCAGUCUCGUAUUUGUAUAGAAAGUGUAAGUUUCAUUUAUAGUUAAUGCAGCAAUCAAGGCUAACGGACUAUCGGUUUGCCGUGAAAAAAACCUAGCAUGAUGAAUUGCAGCGGAGGUAGGCUGAAUCAGUAAUUCAAAAUAACUUAAAUUUACAUUAAUCAGAACAAAAAAAAAAUUGUGUUUCUUUUUUCAUUUUAGUACUUUAUGUCAAAGACACAUCAACCGUCUUCUGCUUUGAAAAGGAAAAGGGUGUACGAUAUCAUUUCAAAGAUUGCAGCGACCACUAGUGGUAUAUAUAAAAACUGCAGAAUUAACAUGCAGGGUUAUUCAAUAAAGUGACCGUUUCAGAACAAACUAGCCUAACUGGAAACAUUCUCUAAGUCAACUAUGCUUUCAUUUCAGCUUUUCUGGCCUCAAGAUUGAAAUUCACUUUGAAUUCUCACUUUAGUAUAUAACCCUAAUAGCCUUCGGAAAGUUAAUUUUCCAAAAGUGCAUAAAAUGACAAAUUAUUUCAGAAAAAAACUCUCAAAUCACAUUUAUUGUGAACAUGUACAAAUGUACUAUAAACUAUAUUUCAGUAGCAACACAGUUGUAAAUAAAUGUGUACAUAGAAAUAUAUUCUAAAUAAAUAAAGAUAUAUGUAUGCCUGUAUUAAAGCUUCACUGCUAAUGAUCAUUGCAAAUAUGAUCACUUUGUUGCUGUUUGAAUUGUGAAUAAAUAUUUUUUUUCCCCACGAGAAAUGCGAUCUCUUUGUUUUCU